AGGAAGGUCAGGCCGGGAGUACAGCUUGUUUUCCUGUAAUGGCGGAUCGCGGAGAGGCGGACGGCAUAGCAAGAUUUAACGACAACAGGAUGGCGCAGCAGCAGACCUUGCGGUUCCGUGGCCCCGCCCCUCCCCCCAACCCCGUGAUGCGCGGGCCCCCUCCCCUGAUGAGACCCCCGCCGCCGCCCUUCGGCAUGAUGAGGGGGCCCCCGCCCCCGCCGCGGCCACCUUUCGGGCGCCCGCCCUUCGACCCCAGCAUGCCCCCCAUACCUCCGCCGGGAGGGAUGCCGCCACCCAUCGGCCCCCCGCACCUGCAGAGACCGCCUUUUAUGCCUCCACCCAUUGGCAACAUGCCCCCCCCUCCAGGAAUGAUAUUUCCCCCUGGAAUGCCCCCUGUGCCUACACCUGGCACCCCUACACUGCCCCCAGCUGAGGAGAUCUGGGUGGAAAACAAAACCUCUGAGGGAAAGGUGUAUUACUACAACGCGCGGACGCGGGAGUCUUCCAGCGCGGCCGCCCCCGUGUCCACGCAGCCCGCCUCCACCGCGCUGGCCACCAGCACCGCCUGCAGCACCACCUCCUCCCCCGCCGUCUCGCAGCCCGUGGCCGCUUCUGCUGCCCCGGAGAUGAGCCCCGCGGUGACGGCCCCCAGCAGCGCGGCGGCGGCGGCUGUCAGCGUUUCCACGGCCACGGUGACGCCGGUGCAGGCCGUGCCGCAGGCCCUGCCCCAGAGCCUCCCGACGGCGCUGCCCCACACAGUGCCGCAGCCCACCGCUGCCAUCCCCGCCUUCCCGCCCGUCAUGGUGCCUCCGUUCCGAGUGCCCCUGCCUGGCAUGCCCAUCCCUCUGCCUGGUGUAGCAAUGAUGCAGAUAGUCAGCUGCCCCUAUAUAAAGACAAUCGCUCCCAACAAAAACGGUGUCCUACCAGGCAUGGCUCCUCCCAUAGUGCCAAUGAUGCACCCCCAGGUGGCAAUCGCAGCGGCCCCUGCUGCCCUCGCGGGGGCGCUGCCCCUUUCGGAGUGGUCAGAGUACAAGACUGCGGAUGGCAAGACCUACUACUACAACAACAGGACCCUGGAGUCGACCUGGGAUAAGCCCGAGGAGCUGAAAGAGAAAGAAAACCUGUUUUUUUUUCCAGUGUUUCCGAUGGUAGAAAAAGAAGCAGAGAAGCCCAAAGAGCCCGGGAAACAGGCGCAGGAGGAGGUUGAGCCAAUGGACAUGGAGGAGGAGGAGCCUAAAGUUGAGCCCCCAAAAGAGAUCAAAGAGGAGCCGAAGGAGGAGGAGAUGACGGAGGAGGAGAAAGCAGCUCAGAAAGCGAAGCCUGUGGCCACGUCCCCCAUCCCAGGAACACCCUGGUGUGUGGUGUGGACUGGGGAUGACAGGGUGUUCUUUUACAACCCCACCACUCGCCUUUCCAUGUGGGACCGGCCCGAGGAGCUGGUGGGCCGAGCCGAUGUAGACAAGAUCAUCCAGGAGCCGCCGCACAAGAAGGGCCUGGAUGAGAGCCGGAAAAUGGGGCUUAGUAAGGAGGAGCUGGAAUCUGCAGCAGAGGAAGCGAUGGAUGAUGAACCUGUAAAGGCAAAGAAGAGGAAGAAGGAUGAAGUGAAAGAGGCGGACACAGAGAAAGAGGCAGCUAUGGAGGCAGAGAUCAAAGCCGCCCGAGAGCGGGCCAUUGUGCCCCUGGAAGCCCGCAUGAAACAAUUCAAGGACAUGCUGCUGGAGAGAGGGGUUUCAGCCUUCUCAACAUGGGAAAAGGAGCUUCAUAAGAUUGUGUUUGAUCCCCGAUAUCUACUACUCAAUCCUAAGGAAAGGAAGCAGGUUUUUGACCAGUAUGUGAAGACCAGGGCGGAGGAGGAGAGGAAGGAGAAGAAGAAUAAAAUCAUGCAGGCCAAGGAGGAGUUCAGACGGAUGAUGGAGGAAGCCAAACUGAACCCCCGGACGACCUUCAGUGAGUUUGCAACGAAGCAUGCAAAGGAGUCGCGGUUUAAAGCCAUCGAGAAGAUGAAGGACCGAGAGGCCAUAUUCAUAGAGUUCAUGACCGCUCUCAGAAAGAAGGAGAAGGAGGACUCCAAAACGCGGGGAGAGAAGGUGAAGCAUGAUUUCUACGAGCUGCUGUCAGACCACCACAUUGAUGGUCAGCUGCGCUGGAGCAAAGUGAAAGACAAACUGGAGAGCGAUCAUCGUUACAAGGCAGUGGAGAGCUCGGCUAUGAGGGAAGAGUUAUUCAAGCAGUACGUGGAGAAACAGGCUAAGAAUUUAGACUCGGACAAAGAGAAGGAGCUGGAACGGCAGGCUCGGAUCGAGGCUAGCCUUCGGGAGAGGGAGAGGGAAGUGCAGAAAGCUCGCUCCGAACAGACCAAGGAGAUUGACCGGGAGAGAGAGCAGCACAAGAGAGAGGAGGCCAUCCAGCACUUCAAGGCUCUCUUGUCCGAUAUGGUGCGCUCCUCAGACGUUUCUUGGUCAGACACCCGGCGGACACUCCGAAAGGACCAUCGCUGGGAGUCGGCAUCCCUGCUGGAGCGGGACGAGAAGGAGAAGCUCUUCAACGAGCACAUCGAGUCGCUCACCAAGAAGAAGAAGGAGCACUUCAGGCAGCUGCUGGACGAAACCACGUCGAUAACGCUAACAACAACGUGGAAAGAAGUGAAAAAGAUUAUUAAGGAAGACCCUCGCUGUAUCAAGUUUUCGAGUAGCGACCGGAAAAAACAGAGGGAGUUUGAAGACUACAUCAAAGACAAAUACAUCACAGCCAAAGCAGACUUCAGAACGCUUCUGAAAGAAACAAAGUUCAUCACAUACAGAUCCCGGAAAUUGAUACAGGAGUCAGACCAGCACCUGAAAGACGUUGAAAAGAUCCUGCAGAACGAUAAGCGGUACCUGGUGCUGGACUGCGUGCCCGAGGAGCGCCGCAAGCUCAUCAUGGCGUACAUCGAGGACCUGGACCGCCGGGGGCCCCCUCCUCCCCCCACGGCGUCCGAGCCCACGCGCCGCUCCACCAAGUAAUGGCGCGCGCCAGUCUGGCCGGCCGGCCCCUGCCGCCCUCCACCUCGGCGCGCGCUAUGCAUGAGCCAUCCAGAAGACGUGUAAACGCACAGUAUUAACUGUAUGUUGUGUCACACCAUGGAAUAUCCCCGUAUUUAUAGAAACCAAAUGUGAUCAUUGUCAAUACGGUAGCGCUCGGGAACGCAAGCUGUUUCAGAUUAAUUAUUCCAGGUAGCGAUGAAAACCAGGUUAUUUCAGAAGGGAUUGCCCACAAGCAUAUAUAUAUAGAAGUGAAUAUAUAUUGCUGUUACAACAUCUGUGGUUCUGCAACCUGUAAAAAGAAUUUGAUAAUGGGUAUGUAUAUAUCUAUAUAUAUAUUCAGUCGUUCAUGUGACAGAUGGCUGUGCAGGUGGCGGCCUUUUGAAAGAGUCGUCAUUGUACCAAUACAGUUUGAAUGUUUAAAUGUUUCUACGGUCAUAAUGUUUAAUUUGGACUUGUUGCUAUGUUUCUGUACAAGUUUACUGGAAUAAAGGCAACCUCCCACUGUUUUUUUUUUU